GUUAUAGUUGUACUUGCAGGUUAUAAACACAAAGACAGAAUAACCAGACAACAGACACGUCUUAUAGGCCAAUUUAAUUUCAAAGAAUCCUCCAUUCCAUAUAUUAGAUAUUAUUAUGACCAUUGCGAUGCCAACUGGGGGCAGCUUGAAAAUCCUAGUAGAUUUUUACUGCAUUGAAAGUAAAGAAAAGGGGACGAUUGAACUGGACUUAGAUCCAACAGGGAAGUCGGUGCUCGAUCUCAAAAUAAUCUUGCAAAAUCUCCUAAAAUCUCCCGCAAGUUCCAUGAAAAUUUGCUACGAGGACAACUGCAUCAAAGACAAGGAUAUAAUGUUGGAACAGAUUCAUUUGAGAGACCAAGACCGGAUUUACGUAGAAUUCCCCGCCGUCGUUGAUGUUGAAACGUUGGACGAGCUCAUUUCGAACUUAAAAUAUUUUUUAGGGAACAUAUCGCUGCCUAAUAAGAAUUUUAUCGAUGCUGAUUCGGAUUUCUUGGACGAUAUAAAUUACGCAGCCGUUAAAGAAACGUUGCGGAGGCUUUCUCUGUGCUUUACGCCAUGGAAAAGCAAGAUCACUUUUGCACACAGAGAAUACUUUGAACAAGAAGGCGGACUUGAUGCUUUCCUCGACAUAUUUCGAUUUUCAGCUUUGGAAAUAAAGUCUUCAGAACCACAAAGUGAUAACAACACUCACGCCACCAGGUUAUCCACCCUCAACGGACACCAGAAAGCAUUGAAUAUCCUUUGCCUCAGACUUCUCUGGAACUUCAUUGAAACAAAGCAGGACCAGCUUAGAGUUCUGCACAGGGGAAGUGUCCAGAAGUUAGUGGUUGAUGCCUUGUUGUUGGACCCAGACAAGAGUUUCUCCUAUUGUGUUGGUGGCCAAAUGUCAAGUUUGAUAGCCUUUAUCAAUCAGGAGGCUAUUGGGUGUUUGGCUGGGUUAGCAGAGGCAAGCUCUGCCACCCAGGAGGCUGUGGCAAGAAAUGGCUUAGUUGUCCGUAAACUUCUCAUCAUGCUGGACCGACGAGGGCACAAGGCUCUAACCCACUACUCUAUCUUCAGUAGCCAGAUGGCCUCUAUCGUCCUCUUUAUCAGCACCUUAAACCCUUUAGCUCUGAAGUUUUUAAUUCAAAAAGGGGUCCACUACAAGAUGAUGAGGGUGGCUCAGCGUCUUCUCGGAGACAAGAGUGGGGAUUUGGCAUUGAGGUAUUACUGCAUCCUUUUCCUGGCAAAAGUCCGAGUGUCGCCAGGAAGUGAACUGCAGGAUGAUGGUUCCGCCCAGACUAUUGACAGGAUAAUCGAUCGCUUCCUCUGUCUCCAUGAGCCUUGUGAAGUCGUAGAAUGGGAACAGGAACAUGGUUGUCACUGGGCUACAUAUGCACCCUACAUCGAACUUGCCUACUGCGGUGGGAAGUACUGCAAAUGUGAUGUUACCAUUGCUAUGAUGGAAGCCACUGAUGUUCCCAAGGCAACUAAAGCCUGUAGCAGAGAAUCGUGCACCGGCUCAAAAUCAAAGAAGUCGAAAUCCAAAGAGAGUUGGUGUUGCGAGGCUGCACUCUAUGAAAACAUUGAGAUCUCUGCAACGGAUCCAGCACACACAGAGGGCACCAACUCUUGUCUCUGCCUUGAAAAACUUGGGAGAAUUUGUUUGUCAGAGGCUAAAUGGCCGGGGUCAUUUGCCACUCAGAGGCUAGGGUUGUUUAGUUUACAGUGUGUGCUCUGUUGUAAUGAGAACUGGGAGUCCCUUGUGGAGCAGGGGCUGUUGCCUUAUUUGGUUGUACUGAGUUGGCAUCUCAGACCGAGGGAACGUGACAAGCUCAAGCAGGCGUUUGGGCGGUAUGCCUUGAAAUGGGACCCCCCGUCAUUAAAGAUCAUUGUAAAGUCAUUGUUAUCAAAACCUACUGGAUUUAGUGUGACCUAUAGAUAUUAAACUCAAAAAAAUGUUUUUGCCGUUCUUAGGAAUAAAUCAGUUUAUUUUUAGUGGAACUUUGGUGAAUACUGUAUAAGAAAAACAUGAAAAUAAAGGAAAUCGUCAGUCUAUUAAAA